GAUUUCCUGUUUUUUACAGGAGGAGGAGCUAUUUGUGUAAAUAUAAGAGGUACAGUAAGAACACAGGAAAGCACAGCCAGCAGCAAAACAACCCACAGCGGGAGAGACACAGUCCCAGCCUACAAGAUGGUUCCAGUGUUGGUGUUACUCAUGGCAGCUCUUGUAGCUGCAGAUGAGCCAAUGAUGGAUCUCUCAGAGCCAGCAGAGUCUGUUUCUGUGGUUCACUGUGAUGCUUCUACUAUAUGUCCUGAUGGAACGACGUGUUGUCGGAGUCCUCGUGGUGUUUGGUACUGCUGCCCAUUCUCCAUGGGUCAGUGCUGCAGAGAUGGAGUUCAUUGCUGUCGCCAUGGUUAUCACUGCGAUUCCACAUCGACUCAAUGUUUGAGAGGGUGGCUGAGUGUGCCAUCUUCUCCCAGACCGGCCACCAAAGCUAUCCAGACACCUCCGGCUCUCAAAUGGCUGAGCCAAACUACAAAGGUUCAUUGUGGGGGAGACGUAUAUUGCCCAACGGAGCAGUUCUGUUGCAAGUCAGAUGGCCAGUGGGGGUGCUGCAGCGACAUGUUGUAAGUAAACAUCCCCUGUGACCUGGGUGCAGACUGUCAAAGGCUUGCAGAUGUCAGAUGUUGUUAAGAAAAAGUAAUAAUAAUUAAACUCAAUUAAAACUAAAUAAUGCAAUUUUUGUUUAUUAAUUAAUUUGAAUUAAUAAAUUGUUUUAAAAGUG